AUGGUGGUGAGCCUCGCGGAAAUAAUCUCCAAACUCAAUGCGAAGAUCGAUGCUUUCAAAGAAGAGUCCCGAAGUCGGUGGAACUCACUCUCGGCCGCUCUACAAAAGCAUGCCCGAGACAUCGAAGAAAUUGAAUGCCGAGUCGGAGGGGCGGAGCUAAAGGCUGCGACCUCCGAGGUCAUUGCAGAAUCGGCCGUGGAUCGGGUCCGGACUCUCGAGCAGCAAGUCCUGACCUUAGAGAACCACAUUGAUGACCUUGAGAAUCGAGGUCGUCGAAAAACUGAUAUAUUGGGAUCCCUACGAAUGGCCUCUGCCAAUAGUUCAAUCGCCAACGUAAAAAGCAGUGGCGAAAGGAGACAGCCCUGCCAGCAGUCCCUGAAAAUGAUAAAACUGCUUGAUCGUACCGCAUUGGUGAUAACCACUGCCACCAUAGAGAACGUUUACCCAUCUUAUAAAGACUUCGCCCAAGCCAAAUUGCUUCAGAGUAUAAAAAAGGUCGCCCAGCUGCUGUUCAUGCUUCUGCAGCAAGAUGGAGAUCAGGGCCAGCUUCUCCUCUAUCUGUUUACACAACAUCUCACGAGAUUUCAUGAGCUCCUUCACCAGGACCUGCUCUUACAAGUGGAUUCCAUGUUGCUAUCUCUUCUGACCAGGAACGUGAGCUUGCUCCGUGACUUUGUGGAGUCUGAGUUCUUUGUCAUUGACGGUGACUCCUUAAUGAUGACAUACAUCCAUGAGACUACCCUCGUCCCUGGGCAAAAUUUACAUUUCUUUUAUCUGGUGGAGAGCUUCUUGUUUGACUUGACACAGAAGAAGGCAAAGUUUAUCAUUAUGUUCUUUAAGGAUGCUGAAUGUAUGUGGAAUCAAAGUUGCCUUUGCCUCUCUGUAAGGACUGCACUGAUUCUCCACCUUCAACACAACACCAACAUCCCAGUCCUUACAGACUUCUCGAACUGCUUUGAUCCGAAAUGGAAGGACUUUUUGGUUGAGAACCAUCCGUAUUUCGUGGUGAUGUCAGACAAAGCUUUCACCAGCGGUUGGAGUAGCAAGUGUGCAUCUGGAAUGUUCCACAUCUUUAUGCUCCACACGCUAGGGGCAGGAAUAAACAUCGUCCUCUCUUCUGGAAUGAGCUGGGACAUUCUCCGAGUUUAUGGGUAUCAUAUUUGCAGCAGUUCAUACCUGAGAUCGAGUUUUCAGACGCAUGCAGUCGAUUUAAAAAGUGCCCAGAAAUGGCUGGUGCAAGUUGCCCCUUCCAUCUACAAUCAAGUGUUUCGUAUCCCAAAUAAAGAAAAACUGGUGAAACAAGUGCAGAAAGAGAUUCAGCACAGCUUCUCCCAGCUGAAAGGUAUAUGGCCCCAGGGAUCCGACAUCAGCAGAAUUCUUUGCGUUGUGUCCUGCUCAGUGGCUCUGAAGAUGUACGCUCAGGAGUUGGCGAUGGUUGGGUCUGCAGCCAAAAAAGGUGGAAAGGCAGAACCUCACGAGGAAGGACGCAACGAAUUGGCUGUUCAGUCUGCAGCAGACCUAUGCAGGAUAUACUGCCUCCAUGUGACACUGCUACGUAAUCUACCCUUAUCCCACAGAGCCCUCCAAAAAGAUUUUCCGUGGACUGAUUUUGCUGACCACUUCUUAUUGCAGAGAAGACUGGCAGAAUAUUGCAUUCUGAAAACACUGCUGGUCACUGGAUGGAAAGUUGACGUGACUUAUCUGAGUGAUCUGAACGAUGGGCGUCUGUUAAGGACUGUCGCAAAAAUGUGUUCUGAAAUGCCACGUUGUACCGACACAGAGGACCAGUUAGGCAGUAAGAUUGGAAGUGAAUACCGACAUAUCUGGGAAACCGUCGCUAAGAUAUCACCUGAACUCGAUGUAGGACAUGCUUUCCCAGUGACAUGUACUUCAACGGUAUUUCUGAAACCAGCAAAGCCUGAAGAUGCAUCCAUGCAGAAAAUUCCUACCACUGGGUUAAUACCAAUAAAGUCAACAUUAGUUGAAGAAUUCAUUGGGGAUUUACUCAAACAAUUGCCACAACUGAGCAGUGAGGACCUGGAACAUGAACCACGGUAUAAGCUGAAAGAGUUUGAUGAGGUUUUACAUUGGCACUCCAAAAAACCCAUCUUAACUACUCUCGAAGAGCAUCGUGAGAAAUUGAAGGAACCAAUGAGAAAUCCAAAGCAAUGGAGAAACCAGCUACGCAGUCAGCAAAAACUUGUUGCAUUUGAGCGAUUUUAUGCCGAAUCUCUGGAUGAAAAGGCAGCGGUGACAAUUGUCACCAGUCAGUCGGCGGUCACUGAUGACUCGGUAAAGCAGCAACAUCAGCCGAGAAAGGGAAACGGCAGCAAGGCAGCGAAGAAGAAAAGUUCCGAACUCAUCAUCGAAGCUCAUGAGAAGAAGAAGAAGGAAGAAGAGGAGAGAAAGGCCAAGGAACGCUGGAGCUCACUGCAAGACUCAAUUCAGAAGGAGCUGAGCAAUGAUAUCGACAAAGGGAUUAAGACUCUGGAGAGGUUCCUGCAGACCUGUGCCAGUGAUAGUGUGAAAGUAACCGCUGAGAUGGAGGCGAGUAAAUACUGCUACAAGGCUUGGGCUGAACACUGCAGAUCUAAAGGUGCUUCAACAGAUGUGAAGAUCGCAGUGCAUUUGAUGCGAAGAAUUCAUAGUGUUCUGUACAGACAUAAGGAUCAGCUGAGCCCUAAAGAACUCAAUGAAUUGGCACGUUACCUCAAAAAUCUGGGAUUCCUGAACCUAAGAGAUACAGUUCUGGAGAUGAUAGACGAAGAACAGAAACAAGAAAUGAAAACAAAAUCGAAGAAUGAUCCCAGGUUUCCAGUCGGUGUGGGGGCAGCCCGUUUUCAGCUGGAAAAUAUGGGUCCUUAUCUAUUCCGGGAGGAGAGGAAAGAUCCGGAUCCAAGGGUUCUGCACUUUAUACCAGAUUCAUGGCAGAGGGAGUUGUUGGAUGCUGUGGACAACAAUGAAUCUGCAGUGAUUGUAGCACCAACCUCAUCAGGGAAAACCUACGCAUCAUACUACUGUAUGGAGAAAGUACUGAGGAGCAGUGACACUGGCAUUGUGGUGUACGUUUCACCUACCAAGGCCCUUGUCAAUCAAGUGGUGGCAACUGUCUAUGGAAGAUUUACCAAAUCAUUACCCAGUGGAAUGGUAGUGUGUGGAUACUUCACAAGAGAUUAUCGUGAUCAUAUUCAUGAUUGCCAGAUCCUCGUAACAGUCCCGCAGUGUCUAGAAAUUCUCCUGUUAUCUCCUCAUCUACAGGACUGGGUUAAAAGGAUUCAAUAUGUCAUCUUUGAUGAGGUUCACUGUUUGGGUGGAGAGAUUGGUGCUGAAGUCUGGGAACAUCUUUUGGCCUUGAUCCGUUGUCCUUUUCUGGCUUUGUCGGCAACUAUCAGCAAUCCAGAAGAUUUGACUGAAUGGCUGCAGUCAGUGAAGACAUACUGGCAAGGGGUGGAAAGCAGCUCAGACAAACCAGCUUCAACAAACAUGAAUAAGAAAAGCAAAAAAGGACAAAAGACUGAAGCUCACAAAAGGAGACAGUCCUUCAAAGUGAGACUAGUGACAUAUGAGGAGCGAUACAAUGACCUUGAAAAAUUUCUCUGUGACUUUGAAAACAAUGAAUGCAAGUUCAUUCCCUACCACCCCUGUGCUGCUUUAACAGUGAACCAUAUUGAAAGCUAUGGGAUUCCAUCUGACCUUGCACUUACUCCAUCUGAGUCUCUCAGACUCUAUGAUGUCAUGGUCCUUGUGUCCCCUGAGUGGCCCAGAGCACAGGAAUUUGAGCCCGAGGAAUACAAGUCAUUCAGGAACAAAGUCAUCAUCAGGAAGAGCGAUGUGAGGGAAUAUGAAGCUGAGCUGAAGAGAGAAUUUGUCGGAUGGUUGAAAGCAGGAUGGAAAGACAAAGUGGAGAGGGUGCUGCUUUCACUGAAUCCGAAAGCUAAAGGGACAUUUUUGAUCAAUGAGAAGAGAAACUUUCCACUUGUGGUUGAAACGCUUCAAAAGAUGGAUUUGUUACCUGCUUUAUUUUUUGCAUUUGACAUUUCGUUGGUUGAGGGCUUUGCCGCUGAGCUGCUGACACACUUGAUGGAAAAGACGAAAAGCAAAAGGAAACCAAAUGAUGCGAAGGAGAAACAGAAACUAGAAAAUAAACUCCGGAAGCUGGCAAAACACGUGGAGAAGGAAGAUACCUCGACUGACCUCACCCGAAAGCAAAGCGAGCAACUCGUGCUUUACCGUACCGAAUACGACAUGUUGGAGCAAAGAUAUCGGAAACUUUGUGAGCUUCCACCAGGCUGUACUUUUGCAGAGAUUUCAACAGCUGAUGAGCAGUUCCGGGAUAAGAUCUUCUUCCGUAUGCGGAAAGCAAACAGUUCCAAAUAUUUUCAGGCAAUGUUUUUCCGAGGCAUUGGCUGUCAUCAUGCGUCACUGAAUAACAAGAUCAAACAAACUGUCGAGAUGUUAUUCAGACGAGGCUAUAUCAAGGUGGUUAGUUCUACAUCGACACUUGCUUUGGGGAUUAAUAUGCCUUGCAAGACCACUGUCUUUCUGCAAGAUUCCAUGUAUCUGGAUUCCCUCAAUUACAGACAGAUGUCAGGAAGAGCUGGGCGUCGUGGUAUGGAUAAUAUCGGGAAGGUCAUUUUCCUGAACGUGCCUUUGCCUAAAGUAAAGCGACUGAUAAAAGCUAACGUCCCUCAACUGAAGGGUCAGUUCCCCCUGAGCAUAACGUUUGUGCUCCGUCUCAUGUUAUUAGCAGCUAGAGCUGAUGACAAGAUGGAUGCUCAGGCCAAGGUACUCUCAGUCCUGCAACACUCUAUGAUGACCUUCAACCAACCCAAAAAGCAGAAUAUUGUUAAAUUCUACUUCCUGUUCGCUCUGCAGUUUCUGCUUAGACAAAGCUAUCUGGAUGGAGAGGGUCAGCCUCAGGGAUUUGCGGGCCUGUUGAUGCACACACACUACCAUGAACCAGCCAACUUUGUCUUCAUCCACUUCCUGGUGGAGCAUCUGCUGCACAAAAUCUGUAGGCCUCUGAAAAAAAAUUCAAAACAGUUUUCAGAAAACGUGAUGGAAACCUUAGUUCUCAUAUUGGCAAACCUAUUUGGAAGAAGAUAUCUCCCACCCUGCUUAGAAAAAGAGAAGCUUACGUUUGAACAGUCGAAGGUAUUUCUUGAUGAUCUUCCUGAUGAGUUUGCAGCCUCAAUUGAAGAAUACAACAAGACAGCACGUCAGGUCUUUGGGAAAUUCCUGCUCUCUGUCUCCAAUCAGUGCAGGUUGGAAGAUGAAUACAAGCUUCCUCUCUCAGGCACAUCGUUUAUGGGUCCCAAGUUACCUGAAGCCAGUGUCAUCACUAAGAAGUUGGCCAAAACAGUGAAUUGUUCUGCAGUGUCACCAUUCGUCUGUUUAUCUGGACACACUGACCUUGACCUAUUCGUACAGAAUGAUAUCGAUCCAAUAAUUUUCCGCACUCUUGGAAUUCAUACAAACAACAUUCCUGUUCUGCAACUGAAGUGCUUUGACAAACAAGGCAGGAGAAUGCACCUGAAUGCUUAUGCCCUUGACUUCUACAAGCAUGGCUGUUUAGAUGCUCUACACACCGAUAAUGGGUUAAAUCGAGGAGAGGCCUUCAAUCUGAUCAAAGAUUUCUUGCUGGUUAUUGCUUCAAUCAGCACCUCUCUCGAAGGCCUGUGCCUCAAUGAAAGUGACCCUGUCGUAAUGGCAUUCCAGCAACUGCACAGAAGCUACCAAAGCAAGUUCGAGGCCGUUUGGAGCUAAUAUCCCUGACGUCGGAAGGUUUGACCUCAGCAACGAUGAGCAUGCGCUCAGGAUUUCGACUCUGCUGUUAGGAGAGAAAGUGAAACGUGCUUCAGAACUCAGCUCUUGAAUCUUCGCAGCUAAGGCCCUGAUGAUUUAUGUUUUUAAUCAACUGAAGCGAAAAUGAAUGCUUAAUGUGUUUUAUACUGCUGCCAUAAAUCCAAAAGCAUAAGCACCUUGUUCCAUGAAUGCCCCAGAGAAUUCUCAUGAGGACCUGAUGGCAGUCACACAUCUUCUCUGAAUUCACUCAUGUCAAUGUUGGUGAUAAAUCUUGUAUUUGGGUGGGGGUGAUACAUUUUGGGAGGACGGGUAAGACAAGGGAGUAUGUGUUGCACGGGAGAUGGUACAGAGAGCCAGAGAGUACUUGGAAUACAUGACCACAGAUCCUUGAAAGCUCAAAGACAGCUGGAUAAGGUGGUGAAAUUGGCAGAUAGGAUACUCACCUUUAUUAGUCCAGACACUAAGUAUAGGAGCAGGGGGAUUACGAAUUGUAUAAGACACUAGUUAGACACACAUGGAGUUACUGGUCAGAGUGGUGCUGGAAAAGUACAGCAGGUCAGGCAGCAGCCGAGC